UUUCUUCUUCCAGUCGAAACACUGUUUAUGGCUAUAUUUACCUCAUGUGAGCAUUACUUAAGCCGUAAAACAUGAAAGCAACUGCCUGAACAAGAAGUUCAAUACGAUCCUUUAGCUAUAGCCUCGGUUGAAUUAGAUAAGUCGACACUUCUAAAGUUUUGUAGUUAUGACUGAAGAGAAGUGGGAUGUUGUUAUUGUUGGCGCUGGUCUGUCAGGGCUGAGUGCUGCUCAGACUUUGUUGAAGAGAAAUGGCAAGCUGAAAAUAUUAAUUCUGGAAGGAAAAGAGCGAGUAGGAGGAAGAACCGUGACCUUAGAAUUACCUGCCGCGCAUGGUGUCGAUCGAUGGGAUAUGGGAGGGCAGUGGGUUGGCAGCUCACAGACAUAUGUCAUGGAGCUGAUUAAGGAGUUUGGCCUAGAGGUCUACCCACAGUACACCACAGGACAAAAGGUACACCAUGUUGGUGGUCCUGUUGCCAAGGCUCGAACUAGCAGCACCACUAUCCCUGCGCUCUCUCCACUGGUGCUACUGGACCUGUUACAGCUUGUCUGGAAGAUUGACAAGUUAAGUGCCACAGUGUCAGUGGAGAACCCGAUGAAGACCCCCGAUGCCCAUAAGUUGGAUAGUAUGACCCUUCACUCCUUCAUAGAGAAGCAUGCUUGGACAGAAGAGAUGAAGGAGGAGAUGGGUGUGUGUAGCCGGGUUGUGUUUGGAAUGGAGCCCAACCAGAUGUCCUUCCUCUACUUCCUGAUGUAUGCCGCUGCAGCUGGAGGGGUCCUGUUCCUACUGGACAGCACCCCGGGUUCAGCGCAGGAGUUCAGGGUCAAGGGGGGAACCCAGCAGCUUUCCGAGCGCUUAGCCCAACAGAUUGGGUGGGAGAGUGUCCGGCUGGGCCAGGCUGUGACGGCCAUAUGGCAGGAUGCUGGGUGGGCGAAGGUGACAACAGCCACCCAGUCCUAUCUGUGCAAAGAAGUGAUUGUCUCCUGCCCUCCUCACCUAGCAGCUAAGAUUCACUACCAACCUGCUCUACCCAGUCAGAGAGAACGCCUCACCCAGAACAUGCCUGUAGGACACCUAAUAAAGUUUAUCAUCACCUACCAGACGGCUUUCUGGCGGGAGAAAGGUUUCUCUGGGGAGAUAGUGGCACGGUCUUCUGCUGAGUGUCCUUUGAGCGUCACCUUUGAUGGCACCAGCCCCAGCGGAAGUCCUGCUCUUGUGGGCUUCAUCUCUGGCGUGCAAGCGUAUGAAUGGAGCUCCAGGGUGAUGAGCGAAAGGUGUGAUGCUGUUGUUAUCAGCCUGGUUAAAUACUUGGGAGAGGAGGCCGCUCACUACAUUCACUAUGAGGAGAAGGACUGGGCUUUGGAGCAGUACAGCGGGGGCUGUCCUGUUAAUGUCAUGGCACCGGGCCUGCUGACAUAUCACCACCCCAGUCUCCGCAAGCCCUGUGGCAGGAUCCACUGGGCUGGCACGGAGACGGCCACCCAGUGGUGUGGCUACAUGGAUGGGGCAAUUCAGUCGGCUCAGAGGGUAGCCCUGGAGGUUCUAGCCAGGCUGUGCCCUUCCACCCUGACCCAAAAGGAGCAGGAGGCUGUACAGGCUGCCCAGAACCAUGAGUCUGGACCAUGCCGGCCCACACCGUCCAAGUCCCGUGUGCACAGGGCUCUGAUCAUCACCACGCUCACCGUGGCCGCCGCUGUCCUAUUGGCUAAGCCACAGGUCUGUCGAUAUUGGAUUGGGCAGGCCUGGGACGUAGUGAUGUUUGUUUUGUGUCAGUAACCCUCUGUAGUUUAGCUGGUAGAGCAUGGUGCUUACAAGGCCAGGAUAAUGGGUUAGAUUUGCUGGAACACCAUGUGUAAAAUGUAUGCAUGCAUGACUAAGUCGCUUUGGAUUAAAGCAGCCACUGUCAGAUAUGUA